UUGGUCUCGAACUCGCAGAAAUCUUCCUGCCUCUGCCUCCUGGUGUUAAGAGCCACCAUGCCCUGCCUUCCUCUUGUUAAUGGAGCCCCUGGACAAGCGGAGCUGCACCUUGAUUUAGGGGAGAGGGGCGGGUCAGGGGUGGGGUGACGUCACUGGUGAGGUCACGCGAGCCACAACCUGACCAGGGCAAAGGAGAGUGGGUGCCUGCUGCAACAACACUGGGAAGAGGGCUCGGCGUGUGCAAAGGCCCAGGGAUCUUUGACCCACCAGAGGAGCUGGAACGCAAGGUGUGGGAGCUGGCCCGGCUAAUGUGGCAGUCCUCCAGCGUGGUUUUCCACACGGGCGCUGGCAUCAGCACCGCCUCUGGCAUCCCCGACUUCAGGGGUCCCCAUGGCGUGUGGACCAUGGAGGAGCGUGGCCUGGCCCCCAAGUUUGACACCACCUUCGAGAAUGCUCGGCCCUCGAAGACCCACAUGGCUCUGGUUCAGCUGGAGCGCGUGGGCUUCCUCAGCUUCCUGGUCAGCCAGAACGUGGACGGGCUGCACGUGCGCUCAGGCUUCCCCAGGGACAAGCUAGCCGAGCUGCACGGAAACAUGUUCGUAGAGGAAUGUCCCAAGUGUAAGACGCAGUACGUGAGAGACACAGUUGUGGGCACCAUGGGCCUCAAGGCCACAGGCCGGCUCUGCACCGUGGCCAAGUCGAGGGGCCUGCGGGCCUGUAGAGGGGAGCUGAGGGACACCAUUCUGGACUGGGAGGAUGCGCUGCCUGACCGGGACCUGAUGCUCGCUGAUGAGGCCAGCAGGACCGCAGACCUGUCUGUCACCCUGGGUACCUCGCUGCAGAUCCGCCCCAGCGGGAACCUACCCCUUGCCACUAAGCGCCGCGGAGGACGUCUGGUCAUUGUCAACCUGCAACCCACAAAACAUGACCGCCAGGCUGACCUGCGCAUCCAUGGCUACGUGGAUGAGGUGAUGUGCAAACUCAUGAAGCAUCUCGGGCUGGAGAUUCCUGCCUGGGAUGGACCCUGCGUGCUAGACAAAGCCCUGCCACCUCUGCCGCGCCCAGUAGCACCCAAGGCUGAGCCCCCCAUGCAUCUCAAUGGUUUAGUGCAUGCUUCGUAUAAGCCCAAGCCCAACAGCCCCAUACUCCACAGGCCCCCCAAAAGAGUGAAGACUGAGGCUGCCCCCAGCUGACCCGGGUAUGUGGGGCGGGAGGGGUACUUGAAGGAACCACACGUGUUGGGUUUCUUUUUGUUGAUUUUUAUGUCCUGGGGACUGAGCCCAGGUUUGCAUAUCCCACACCCUGGCCUCUUCUCAGAUUUUUCUUUGUGACCAGGACUCCCUAAGUCGCUCAGGCUGGCCUGGAACUCAGUGCUAUAUAGCCCAGGCUGGCCUGGAGCUAGCCCUGCCUGCCUCAGCCUCCACUGUAGCAGGGAUGGUGGGCAGGCACACCAUGUCCAGCACAGCUCCUUUCGUCUAAGUCUCACUGUGUCCCUCAUCCAGGUCCCUCCAGGGAAUCUCAGGGCAUGGGGAGUCCCACACAUGUGGAAGAGGCCGUGUCCCAGGGAUUCAUGUGCCUCUCCACCAAUCACACCCCGCUCGCUCGUGACUCAGGACGUUUCCGGAGCAGCAGCCACACACUCCACACACCACAGCUGCCCCCUGCACACACCCCACCCCCACCCCCGACCCUGACACAGAGCCACCUAGGGCCCACCAGGCACCCAUCUGUGCUAAGGGCCCCAGGCUUCCAGAAGUUCCCAAUGCAAUAAAUACAAAGUUCCUUUCAUUCUUUUACA